AUGUCUCUUCUUGAAAGUCCUCACCGGUCAAUGCCUGAUCGUCCGACACGCACAAGCUCUCCAUCUCGCACCCAAGCUAAUGAUUCCUCUCUCGACAACCUCUGGGAUUCAGACGAGUCAAUUAUAUUCACCAAAGGCGGAGCUGAGAAUUUCUUUCGCCCCCCUCCUGCUCCAGCUGCUGUUCCUGCUCCAGCUCCGGCUCCCACCGCACCUGACCGCAUCUGGUUUCAAACACGCCUCGUCGCCCAAGUAUGCCUAAUCCCCCUCGCAUUGCUCUCUGGUAUCUCCCUCAUCUUGGCGUUGGUCUCUCUCCCCCUGACAGCGCACACAUCCAUGCAAGUCAUCGAAGCAGCAAACUUUGUAGUCACCCUCCCCAUAACGCUCUGGGUGACUUUGCAGUACGCUUCCUCUCCUCAAAUGUUUGUACGAGCUGAUAGAGCGAUCCUCCUCCCCCACGCCAUCCUAACAACUACCCUCCCGUGCCCCGCUCUCCCAGCAUGCGAGAUGACCCUUGGGGGCACCUGCCCACUCUCCGAGUUGGAGAUCUACAACACCCGCCUUGUAUGUCAGGUGAACUGGGGCAUAUAUGGCACGGGUCUGGGGAGACUGGCUCUGGAAGUCUCCAUCCUCCUGCCCUUGCUCAUUUGCAUCUACCCCGUGCUGCACAACUCCCAGCUGUGGCAGACAUCCAUCUACUCCAUCCCCAUCCAAGGCAUCGGGCACUUGUUUAAGUGGGGUGGGUGGUUUACCCGUCCCAUCACGGAGAAAGAGACACAGAAGGGGGACGAACUCGUGCUGCAGGUUAUGGAGUUGGGAAGGGACUCCAAGGGGACAGAACAGCCGCGAGUGGGAUUCAUGCUAAGACAAGCAGAUGCGUGA